AUGGGAAGUAUUGUGAAAAAGCCCGAGUUUGUUUUGGUGCCGGGAGCAUGGCAUGGUCCGGAAUGUUUCAAACCCACUGCAGAUAUCCUCGAAGCAAAGGGCUAUAAGGUUCAUGGCAUCAACCUCAAAUCCGUGGGUGCAUCUCCUCCACUCGAUGACUUUCAGCCAGAUGUGGAAGUAAUCCGAAAUAAAGUCGACUCCCUCCUCUCCACCUCCACCCCUGUAAUCAUGGUCUACCACUCCUACGGCGGAACCGUGGGUUCCGAAGCUUUAGCCAAUUAUAUCAAAACCCUCCCCACCUCUACUACUCCCUCAUCCCCACCCGGCCUCAUCCGCCGCCUAAUCUACAUCGCAUCAUUCUGUCUCCCCGAAUCCACCUCUCUCAAAAGUUUCCUCAACGAACCUCCUCCGUGGUGGUCCUUCACUCCCGAUUUAAAAUCGGUAACUUGUUCAGAUCCAUAUGAAAUUUUCUAUAACGAUAUUGACAAAAAGGAAGCCAAGAAAUAUGUGGAUAUGUUGAAAGAACAUAGUUUGGUUUUUGAUUCGCCCAUAACAGCGGCGCCCUGGAGAUUUAUUCCUAGUACGUAUGUGGUUUGUGAGGACGAUAGAGCGCUUGUCUUGGAGGCACAGUUAGGAAUAAUAAAAAAAGCACAGGAGAUUGCUGCAGAAAGUUUUGAUACAAUCGAACGUACAAACUCCGGUCACAGUCCUUUUAUUAGCCAGCCGGAAUGGUUAGCCGAGAAAUUGAUCAAAGCUGCCGAGGCUUCUGUUUGA